AUGUGUGAUGUGACAUUAGAGAAUUUUGAAAAACUGUACCCGAUUAUAAUUGAACAAAUUGAAGCAUCAUGCUUUUUAGCAUUUGAUACAGAAUUCAGUGCAUUAAAUACAAAUGAUUACACAUCGUCAACACAAACAACUAAAAAACUGUAUGAAAAGCGGAGAAAACUUGUUACCAAUAUUAGUAUAUUCCAGUUUGGUUUAGCCAUAUUUUCAAAAUCCAUUUCAUCAUCAGAUCAAAAUUAUCAAGUUCAUAUUUAUAAUUUUUAUUUGAAUCCAGCAUCGAUAGAACCAAUUGAUGUCACAUAUAUGAUGCAAGCAUCGUCGACAAAAUUUUUAACACAGAAUAAAUUUGAUUUUAACAAAUGUUUUUAUACUGGUAUAUCAUUUUUAAAUCAGACACAAGAGAAUUUAUUAUAUAAAAAGUUCGGUGUUAAACGUAACAAUGAUGAUCAAACUAUAUCUAAUCCUGAAAAAGAAAACCAACAACAGCUAACCGAAGAUCAAUCACCCAUGAAAACCACGAUUAAACCAGUUGAGCAGACAAGUAAACUUGUAAAUAAUAUGAAUGAUACUGAACAACAACAAUACCAUCGUUUUAGUAUAACAGAAAAACAUCUUAUUAACAAACUAUGUACGAUAAUCAAUGAUUGGUUAAUAAAAGCUCGGAUCGGUGACAUAUUUUAUUAUGAUUUAAAUGAACUGUCAGCAAUGACCAUUGAUGAUUAUUUAUUGCACAAUGAAUUGAGACGAGUAUUUCAUACAAUAUGGACUAAAACACUUGUUGUGGAUGUUGAUGAUAGUUCAAAUAAGAAAAAAAUACUUCUUAUUGAACAUAUUACAAAAGAAGAAUAUGAUCAGCGUAUUAAAGAUCAAGUAAUAAACAGUGAUAGUAAUACCGAAGAUAAUUUUGAAUCGUUCAUGAAGCCAUUAAUUGGUUUUACAAAAAUAAUUCGUUAUUUGAAAGAUAAUUAUAGAAAACCAUUAGUAGGACAUAAUAUAAUGUACGAUAUGUUAAUUAUAUGUGAUAAAUUUAUUGAUCAUCUUCCGUCUAAACUUGAACAAUUUCAAAAUGACGUCACAAACUGUUUUCCAUUUCUAUUUGAUACAAAGUAUAUUGCAUACGAAAUGAAAGAUUAUUUAUUUAAUCGUCGUAACCACCGAACCACCACUUCAUCAACAUGUUCUCUGCCAUUUCGUAUAAAUGCAUCUUCUGAAGAAAAUUACGAUGAUCCAUUACAACAACAACAGCAAGUGCAAGAAAAUUUGAGUAAUUACGUCGAAAAUUUUACAACAAACACGGCUUUAUCAUCAUUGUAUGAUUUAUUAACAUCAAAAUUUUAUGAUAAUCAAAUAUUCUAUAAGCCUAAAAUUGAUUUUGCUUCAGAUGAAUGUGGUGGACAACGAUAUAAAAAUGAAAAAUGGAAACAUGAAGCAGGUUAUGAUGCUUAUAUGGCUGGUUGCAUAUUUGUUAAAUUAAUUUAUUUUUAUAAACAGAAAAAAUUGGCUGAAUCAACUAAUUAUAAUCAAAUUAAAAAAACAGCUAAUUUUUAUUCAAAAAUAAGUGAACAACCACACUUGACAUUUGAAUUAUGUUUAUAUGAAAUGAAAAUAUUUAAAAAUCGUAUACAUCUUGUUACAUCAUCAUCAAAUAUCCCAUGUUUAUGUGUGAAUAAAAAUGAUAUCUAUUCAACUAAUUCAAAUAAAUCCUUAUAUCAAUCAUCAUCCUAUUGUCUAGUGGUAAAACGAAAAACAAAAAAUUCAUUAUCAAUGAAAUUAGAUAUGAAUGAUAUUGUGCCAAGAUUUAGUUCGUAUUGUCCUAUGAAAUUUGAUUUAAAUUCAAAUUCAACACGUGUUUAUUUAACAUUUAAAUCACAAAAUUGUCUUCGUAUUAUAUUGAAUGAUUAUGAUGAUCAUCAUUUAUAUCAAAUUGAAAAAUAUUCACCAUUCAAACAUUCAAUUGUUAUUCAAUGUACAGCAGCUGUCACUGCAUCAGUGGCUCUCACAAUUGCAUUGUCAGCUACUUAUUACUAUUUAUAUCGUAAAUAA